AUGAGUCUCGGUAAACCAGUUAUCAAGUUAACUCUAAUGGAGGAUGAGAUGAGGGAUUUCGCUAUCUCAGAAGCACAAAAAGCUCUCGAUACAUCAAACUCUGAGAAGUUAGUUGCCUCAUACAUGAAAUCAACUUUUGAAAAGAAAUACAAAUCAGUAUGGCACUGUAUCGUAGGAAGAAACUUUGGAGCUUAUGUAACUCAUGAGGUCGGCAGAUACAUCUAUUUCUAUAUCGGUCAAAAGGGCUUCCUCAUCUGGUCAACUUAUUAUCAUUUAAUCUAACGCGUUUCAUCAUUUCAUUUUAUAUUUUCAUAUCUCUGA